AUGACUUUAUUCACCAAAACAGAUGAACUCAUAAAUGCUAUAAAGCCGGGUUCUGUGAAGAAGAUUAAUGAGGGAACAACUAUGGCCUUCAAGAUUAUGGAGAACAUCAAUGCCUUCGUUGAAGCUAUUAGAUCCUAUGGUGUUCCAACAGCUGAUCUUUUCCAGACUGUGGAUCUUUAUGAAAAGAAGGAUAUCGCUUCAGUAACAAAGACCAUUUUUGCUCUUGGUCGUACAUGCCAGACUCACCCUGAGUACACUGGUCCAACACUCGGUCCCAAACUCGCCACAGAGAACAAGCGUGAGUUCACCGAGGAUCAACUUCGUGAGGCACAGAAUGUGGUGAGUCUCCAGUAUGGAUCAAAUAAGGGCGCUAGCCAAGCUGGUCUCAAUAUGGGCAAACAGCGCAUGAUCAUGGAUUAA